GAAUUAUUUACAUAUAAUUUAUAUACAAAAAGCGCACUCGAAUUACAGAUUUAACCUUUCCACAGGAAUUUUCUUCCGUUUCCGUGCCCGUCCUGGUCCGAUUGACGCGAGAAGUAAUUGACCGGCAGGCUAUCCGCUAUCAGCGUGUCACCGCGAUCGAUUGACAAGCGGCACGUGCAAAGCCGGCUUUCGACGUUUUUGAAUUUACGGGCGCUGAGAUAUUACGGCACUAGUGAAUGACACCUAGGCUGGAGGACGCCGGUCACGCUUGGCUAACCAAGACAAUCGAGAUCAGCGGUCAGUCGCACGGCGACGUGUAUCCUUGUUGCACCGAAAGUGCACCCGCGACUUUCUUCGUACAUAUACUUUCGAUCACCCGCUCCGCGUCGACGCGUUUCCCCUUUUCAUUUUGCGAAAUCAGUUUUCGUAAUCGACGACAGCGUUUUAUCACGCAACACGUACACGGGAAUGCAACUUAUAUAUAAUAUUUUGCAUCGCUUGCUGGUGGCUUUGCAUGCCAUAUUUGUACAGUGUCGUCAGCAAUAAAUUGUUGCCAUUAGCAAUAAAAUUUGUUUACACUACGCUUGAUUAAAGACAGGAUUAACCAGAUAACUGUCUCGCAUAGAACCACACCUCAUAGAGAGAGAGAAGAGGGAAAAAGAGAGAGAGAGAGAGAGAGAGCAGUUGUCCGUGAAAAAGUGAAGAAAAGCAAUUAGAAGAAGUGUAAGAAACCGUUUCUUUGGGCAGAGUUGCGCCAUCGGCCGCACAAUGGGCUGAUGCUGGUAUAUGGACCGUUUUAUGGCAUUUGGAACUGAUGUGAGGUCGACUGCGCACACAAUGGACCACCGUUUAUCACCUCCUGGUUUGCUCGGUUCGGAACGAGCUCCAUGACAUAUUACGAAAAUGAGCACGAGAAAAAGGCACCAUUGACUGCGCUUAGAUAAGACCCAGGGAUUCGAUAUGCCUCGGUUAGUCGCUGCCCAACACACACUGGAGGCAGAAUGAGCCGCGGCAGGCAUUAUGUUCAAGUUUCCGCGGUUCGUGCGACUUGCGUUCGUCCUGGUCAUCAGUGCGACGGCUGUGAUCUUCUGCACGCUCCUGCUGUUCCCGGAUUUCUUCAUUGUUAGCAGGAGGAUCCACGUGGCCGAAGGAGGAGAAAUAUCAGUGAGAGAGAGAAAAAACGAGGAAGCUGAUGGGUUCUUAUCCGAACCGAGAUUGCCCAGCAAGCGAGAAGAAUUUGUGAAGAUCGCCGCCUACGAUGCGCACCUCCUGGCCAACGGAUUUACUAAUGAGCAGGUACGUAAGAUGUCCCUUCUUGGAAAAUGGUUGUUGGCGCCGAAGGGAAGUUCACCCCCGUGGUCGAGCGCAAACAACAGAAAUUACCUGAUCCUGAUUUGGAAAUAUGGACCAUUUUUAGAACGCAGGCACAUCAGGCGCUUCACAUCGAACAAGUUUUCACCAUGGGAUCAAUGCUCGGUGCGGAAUUGCACGCUGAGCUACGACGAGAAAGAUCUGCAUCGAGCGGAUGCUGUGCUCUUCCAUUUACAUUUCACAAAGGCACCAUCGGAGCUACCCGCGAGAAGCCGAAGGGAUCAACGGUGGAUCUUCCUGACGGACGAGUCGCCCUUCAACACAUUUGUAAAUAGCAAGCAGGAAUUGUCGAACUACGACGGCCUGUUCAACUGGUCCAUGUCCUAUCGAAUGGACAGUGACGUGCCAGUUCCCUACGGAAGAACAGUGAGACUCCCUGACAACGCCGCUCCGAACGACGGCAGCCGGCACUGGGAGGCUGCUGUGACGACUUCCAAGACCAAACUAGUUGCCGUGAUGGGCAGUAAUUGCGGUGGCCGUAAUGGACGCUGGUCUUAUGUGAAGGCACUCAAAUCAUUGCUCUACGAUGACCUAGACAUCCUCGGGAGAUGCCUGAACGGUAAUAGGACCGCCUGCCCGGGUCACUUCAACCGGGAUUGCCCGAUUCUCGAAAGGUACAAGUUCUACCUGUCCUUCGAGAACUCCAACUGCCGGGAGUACCUGACGGAGAAGGUGUUCUGGAACGCGUACGAUAAAUUCGCAGUCCCGAUAAUAAUGGGAGCGUCGCGGGAGGACUGUUGGCGUCUAUUACCGCCGCGCUCCUUUCUUCAUGUGGACGAUUUCGCCAGCGCGGAUGCGCUGGCCAACUACCUCAGGUAUCUGGACCGCGACGAUGAGCGUUACCUCCAGUAUCACGAUUGGCGCCGUCGUUACCAGGUGUUCAACGAGCACGGUUAUUUCGGUAGCGCGUCCAAGCACUACUGCCGCAUCUGCGAGGCGCUGCACUACAACUCAAUCGCGCCGAAAGUCUACACGAGGCUCGAUCAAUUUUGGAGCCAGCAGAGAGAUUGCACAGCAGCUUAGACUCAGUUACUCAGAAUCAUCUAGUCGCCGGAUUGUAGAAUGAAUUAACCUUCCGUUAAUAAUUUUAAAAAAGGCUUCAGAAUAUUUCAGAAUUAUAAUAAAUUAUUGACGGAUUGUUAAUCUUCGUAAGUUCCUUUGAUCGUUCAGUUUAGUUCACUAAAUAGUUAUUAGAUACGUUAGAUCGCGAAUGAAUGGAAUUAGACAUAACUAAAUGAAAAUUUGAAUAAAUAAAAAAUGUUAAUAAACUUGUA